UGGAACCUUCCUCCCUUUGGAGUUCUUAUAUUCAGCCAUCAGUCAUAGAAGAACGACGAAGAAGACGGUGAAAGAAGAAGAGUCAGUUCUCUACGUCAAUCAGUCACCUUCCCGGCUGUCGACGCCGGCCACUGCAGUUUCCGACAUCGUGAAGGCUCCAGCAAUAUGGUUGGCACAGAUACUAGCCGGAGGUCAUACAUUGGGAUAGCUCGAAUGAGCAGUCUUGCUAUUCAUCUACUGUGGCUUCUCAUCCAUCUCGUCAUCAGCAUAUUCUUCUUUGUGUUGAAAAUAGCUAAUGUGCUGGAGAGCUAUCUCAUCUCAAGUGGGUUCUUGAAGAAAUAUGAGAGCAUUAAUGUGGGAAAGCUUCGAUACCUGGCCGUAGUGGUGGAUAGUGAAGAUGCUCUACAAAUAAAUAAAGUAAUUAAACUUGUACAGUGGCUAGCUGAUAUUGGUGUGAAGCAUGUGUGUUUGUAUGACAACGAAGGAAUUCUGAAGAAAUCCAAGGAUAUUAUAUUGAAGAAUUUGAGCUGUGUUAAGUUAUUUGAGGAAGGCGACGAGCAGUCAUUACGUGGCAAAAAAACCAUGAGUCUUGAAUUUGCUUCACAAUCUGAUGGAAAGGAAGCUCUGGCAAAGGCAGCUAACUUACUUCUUAAGAAGCAUCUGAAACUGAGAAGUUUGGGCGAGAAUCAGGAGGAGAAAAUCUUCACUGAAGCCCACAUGACUGAGGCACUAAGAGCUGUUGGUAGUGGCGGACCAGAACCAGACCUCCUCUUGGUGUAUGGACCUGUGAGAUGUCAUUUGGGUUUCCCUGCAUGGAGGCUUCGAUAUACAGAGAUUGUGCACAUGGGACCUUUGAAAUCCUUGAAAUAUGGUUCCCUCUUGAAAGCUAUUUACAAGUUCACACUGGUCCGCCAGAACUAUGGCAAGUGAGGGACAGUCCUGGAAGCAGAUUGACGUACACAUACCGCAAAAUGUGCCAGAGCGAAACAGUUACUUAUUUCCUCUUAUUUAUAGGUGAAUAAGUCGAUGUUAUGCAUGUAACACUCAAUAGAAAUACUCCUAUGUGAAUGUGUUGAUAAGAUCUCAUAUAACGUCCAGGCAGAACCUCUAUUCUAUGUCCAAAACUCUUAUUGAUUAAUAUAACCAUUCAAGUUUACGAUGGCGAUCUUUA